UUGGCUUUUAUUAAUUACCCUUAACUUCAAGAAACUGGUGAAAGUGAUGUGUGGCAUAUUUGGUUAUCUGAAUCACCUGGUCCCGCGUACCAGACACAGGAUACUACAGAUACUAUUGCAAGGACUCCAAAGACUCGAGUACCGAGGUUAUGACUCCGCUGGUGUGGCGUUUGAUGAUUUGAAAGAAGGAGAAGAGCUCACACAAGUCAUCAGGAAGAAGGGUAAGGUCAGUUCUUUAAAUGACGAGGUCUUUGGACGUGAGGACAUUGACUGGGACUCAGUCCUUGAUACUCACGUUGGAAUAGCUCACACGAGGUGGGCAACACAUGGGGUACCUAAUGAAGUGAAUUCACACCCACAACGAUCCAACUCAAAAAAUGAGUUUGUGGUUGUUCAUAAUGGUAUCAUUACCAAUUAUAAGGACAUCAAGAAGUUCUUGGAAAGUCGUGAUUAUGUAUUUGAGAGUGACACAGAUACAGAGGUUAUACCAAAACUGCUCAAUUAUUUAUAUCAUUCACAAUCAACUGAUGAAGAAGAGCCAACCCUUCAAGAACUAAUGGAGCAAGUUAUACAGCAGCUGGAAGGAGCAUUUGCCAUUGUGUGCAAGAGCAUACAUUAUCCAGGAGAGAUAGUAGCCACAAGGCGUGGUAGUCCACUAUUGAUUGGUAUAUUCAGUGAUACUAGUAUAGUGACUGAUGAUAUACCUACCUGUGUCUUUGCUAAUGGAGGAGUACCAGAUUCCAGUUCCUAUAUUGCUCCUGACUUUCAAAGAGCUAACAGUUUUUCCACCUUCAAUCCGUCUGAAGAGAACAGACAGAUUGAGUACUUCUUUGCAUCGGAUGCAAGUGCUGUCAUUGAACACACUAAUAAGGUGAUAUUCCUUGAAGAUGAUGACGUAGCAGCUGUCAAGAAGAAUGGAUCUCUAUCAAUCCAUCACAUUCGUAAGAGCAAGGCUGUAGCAGCUGAGAGAGAGUUGCACACUAUCAAGAUGCAGCUUCAAGAGAUAAUGAAAGGGUCUUUUGAUUAUUUCAUGCAAAAGGAGAUCUUUGAGCAGCCGGAGAGUGUCGUUAACACAAUGAGAGGAAGAAUACUCUUUGAUGAAUAUAAAGUUGUGUUGGGUGGAUUAAAGGAUCACAUUCCAAUGAUAAGGCGCUCACGGAGGAUCAUAUUCAUUGCUUGUGGUACCAGUUACCACAGUGCCCUCGCUACUAGGCAGCUUCUUGAGGAGCUAACAGAGCUACCUGUUGUGGUAGAAUUAGCUUCUGAUUUUCUUGAUCGUAGUACACCAAUAUUUCGUGAUGAUGUAGUCUUCUUUAUCUCACAAUCUGGUGAGACUGCUGAUACAUUGAAUGCAUUGAGAUAUUGCAAGCAGCGUGGUGCACUAACCGUUGGUAUCACUAAUACUGUUGGUAGUUCUAUCAGUAGGGAGACUCACUGCGGAGUUCAUGUUAAUGCUGGACCUGAGAUUGGAGUAGCUAGCACUAAGGCAUAUACUAGUCAGUUUGUGGCUCUGGUCAUGUUUGGUUUAGUGAUGAGUGAAGACAGAGUCAGCAAGCAACCAAGAAGAAGACAGAUCAUUGAUGGACUUAAAGUUUUACCAGAUUUGAUCAAGAAAGUACUUGGGCAGAAUGAAAAGAUAAGAGAACUAGCAAAAGAGCUUCAUCACCACAAGAGUAUCAUAGUAAUGGGGCGGGGCUUCAAUUACGCUACCUGCCUUGAAGGAGCACUGAAAAUUAAAGAAGUUGCUUAUCUGCAUUCAGAGGGUAUAUUAAGUGGUGAGAUAAAGCACGGACCAUUGGCACUCAUUGAUGAUAAGAUGCCAGUUAUUAUGAUCAUCACCAAAGACAAUGUGUACAAAAAAUGUAUCAAUGCUUUUGAACAAGUUUCUGCUCGUUCAGGUCGACCAGUGGUGAUAUGUGAAGAAGGUGAUGAAGAGAUUCUUAGUAGAGUAACUCGUACUGUACAGAUGCCUCAUAUUGUCGACUGUCUUCAAGGAAUACUAACAGUGAUACCGCUCCAGCUGUUGUCAUUCCACAUUGCAGUGAUGGGAGGACAUGAUGUUGAUUGUCCACGACAUUUGGCAAAAAGUGUGACAGUAGAGUGAUUUUAAGAACUAUAUGACUAAAUUAUAUAUACCUUUUAUUGAUUAAAUACCAUAUCAUAUAUCGUCA